GUGAGUCAUCAUCAUCAUCCUCCUCCUCAGCGAGCUACAUUUUCCGGAAAACUUCAUUCAGUCGUCCAUUCCAGGGUGAGGAGGAGUCGACGCCGAUCGGAUCAACCGCGAACCUCCGUCUAAGUAGUGGCCAAGAACCGAGCACAAUGAGGAGUGGCGUGGCUUUGACUACGCUGGUUCUGUUGGGCCUCGUUUGCAGCCAGGACGUCCUGCCAGGCGUUCACAUCUUCUGCGACGACCCGUCUGUCGAGAAGGCCGUUGCCAGCGCUCUACACAUUUUCAAUGACAGGCAGAGCACAAGCUUCAAGUUGGCCCUCUACCAGAUAUUAACGGCCACCAAGUCAGAGAACGGCUCGGAAUCUUUCUACUCGCUGCAUUUUUCGAGCAGGUUUACCGACUGCCCGUCAGGAAGUCCAAGACCUCACACAGAUUGCAACUAUGACCCGUAUGGGCGCCAAGUGCCUUUAUUCUGCAAUGCCACAGUGGCCAUGACAGAGACUGAAGCUCACACGAAACAGGUGCACUGUCUGCUCGAUGACCACAUCAUGCCAGAAAGAGCUUCCUGUCUGGGCUGCCCGAUCGAGAUUGACGAGAACUCCGAGGACAUUAAAGUUCCUCUCUCCUCCUCCAUCUCCAAGUACAACUCCGUCUCAAACUCCACACACCUGUUUAGUCUGAACAACGUCGGACGCGCAACAAGACAGGUGGUGGCGGGUUUCAGAUUUAAACUGCAAUUUGACAUGAGGAAGACCACGUGUGCAAAGGCUGAACACAGCGAACUCAGUGACCUCUGCGUGCACGACGACGAGGCGACGGAGUUCGUCCAUUGUGAUUCCACAGUGGACGUCGCGCCAUGGAGACAUGUGCUCCCUCAGGCCAAUAUAGACUGCGCGGACGGUCCUCUGCCUCCUCAGCGUUCUAGUCGGCGCCUGCCUCCCGGCUGGACCCCGUUUAGGGACGCGAAAAGAGAAAAUCCCGUCCGCGCAUCGCUAGCACCAGACAAAGAGGAAUCAUCGGAGGAGGAAACGCCAAGCGCAUCUCCCACUGCCCCAACGGCUGAAGGUGCAAAUGACAACCCCUUCCCCUUCCACUGCCCAUCCAAGCCAUGGAAGGAAUUCCACCCCGCCCAUCCUGCCGCUCCCGCCCCGGAUGGCACAGCUGCGCCUCCCACAAUUAGGCCUCUCCGUGAUGAAGACCUUCUGGUGUGAAGACGUUUGAUUCCAAAUCAUCUCUUGGAUCCUGCCCCCCCCCCCCCAGCCGAUAUCGAGCUGUUCAGCAAAAAAAUCUCCACUUCGCCACAAAGAGGACUGCAAACGUGAAAUCGAGAGAGGGUUUGAUUCCAAUUAGGAGUGAAAGAGUUGAUCGCAGUCCACUGAAUCCAUUAAAAUGAUCAAUCUUUGUAUAUAUAAUACAAGGCAACACCGUACACGUUCAAAUCACGGCCGAGUGGCCACCGUAGUGCGGAAAUGUUGAGAUUUCCAAGUUGACCGAUAUGGAGAAAAUAAAGUUGUUUUGACUUUUCUUUCCGGGCAAUGGUAUUUCUCAAUGGAAUAAAAAUUCAAUUCAGA